AUGGGACGGCCCGCCGCCGACACUAGGUCUCUCGACGGCCUCGACGUGCCAUCCUCUUCACGCUCAUCACGUCGGCAUUCGUCCCAACCACCUGUCCCUUCCUCGUCUCCCCCAAAGCCCACUCGGCACCGCUCCCAGCACACACGCCUCAUAGUCCACCCACCUCCCACGGUUCCCUUCCAACCUCUCCCUCACGAGCUCUGUGAAAAGGAGCUCCCUCCCAUCCCCAAGCCCAGUCUUUUCCUCUCUCGACCACGCUUAUCACGAUCGUCCAGCAUGCGUUCGUCGCCACCAGCCCCGCAGCUCGCAACCAGCGACAAGGUUGUGGUCGAGCCACCUGCGACAUUCUCGUCGCCAAACCCCGAACCAGACUUUGUUCCGGUGGGACGACAGUCGAGUGCGCGUCGCCUGUCGCUCCCCCUUGGCCGGUUUCGACGCAUGGGUCGCGAGCGCGAGGGCGAGCAGAAGCUUGACCAUGGCAGCGGUGAUGGCCAUGACGAGGUCGAAGCACGCGCCAUCCCCACAAAAUCGGGUGUCGAUCACGAGCACCACCACCCCGUGGCCCGCAGCAAGCACACCAAGAUCGCUUCCACCACUGAAACCGCCACGCCAGCCAGGUCCGCCGCCUCUUCCAGACCACAUGGCGCGCGUGCUGCCCAAAUUGGAAUUCGCCAGCCGCGGUCACGUACCUCACCCGCCCCCGCCGCCAUUGUCGCCGACGAGAGUCUGCCAACUGCCGCACCAUCGGCAUGGCCCUGGACGCGCUCGCGCUCGUCGUCAGUCCACCUCUCCAUCCCGACGACGUGUUCCAACGCUGGUUUGCGUCCUGCUCCCCGUCCAAAGAAGUUGUCGUUUGCAGAGCCAGAACAGCCCUUGGUCACGGCAGCGGUACCCAGGAAGCCCAAAAUCUUUACCAUCGCACCUGCCGAGUCGCCCGAGAACCAUCAGCCGUUUUCCGACUUCCCCACAACAACCAGCGGAGGCUCGAGCGCCACCACCGCCGUUUCCUCCACCAGCGUUCCACACCGUCCUCCAUCGUCAACCCACCGCCGCCCCGAGUCGCCCGUGCCUAGCUUGAAGUCGCUCAAGUCGAUCCUCAAGAAUAGAGGCGAGGUGGCGCCGCCCUCGGGCACACCCACUUCUGAUGGGGCGCGCACCCCCCGUGAAGUCGCUUCUGCUCCGAGCAGCAAUGGCCAUGGUGGCGGCUUGACUGCCAGUGGGACGACUGCCAUGCGCGAAGCAUCAACCAGCGUCCACGCGAGGCAAGGUCGCGAUCCCAGUCCGCAACCGCGUCGCGGAGCCAAGCGCGCGGCCACAGCGCCCGUCGAAACCAGCACCAACGGCAGCUCGACCGGUCUGCGCCGCUUCAUGUCCAACCCGAGGCGCUCCAGCUCGACUAGCCUUGUCGCCUCGACUAGCAGCGACCGCAUAAGCAACCUGUCGGAACGAACCGUAGGAGGCAGUGGUGGUGGGAGUGGAGCACCAUCCGAUGCCCGCUCGAUCAUCUCUGUCGAUCGCCGCAGUGUCUUCUCCCUUGAUCGGCGGUCCGUCUUCUCGACACGCUCAGGAAACUCGAUCAUGAACAUUGAGCGCCCACACCCGAUCCGCAAGGCAUCGUCCAUUGUAUCCGCUGCGAAGCGUGCUGCGUCGUCCUCGUUCCGUCGCCCGUCGACCGACUCGGCUGCGCCCAACCCAUACCUCGAUGAGGAUGACCUGCAAGAGUCCGACGGCUCGUUCGUCCCCAACCAAGCCGAGGUGGAGCGAUUCUGGGCCAAGGUCCGCGAACGCGAUGAAUACUAUGACAUCGAGUCGACGGCGUCCAAUGUCUCGCCCUUGUCGAGCGAGUGCUCGCUCCACCGCAACCACCGCCUCAAGCCCGAGACUUGGCUCCCUGCCGAACCAGACUAUUCGACCGAGGAGGACCGCCUUCGGCAAACCCUCGAGAACAUGUUUGACGCACGGAUGGUCGCACCCCCGUCCUUUCUUCUCAGCAGCAAAAGCGACGGCCUGGACCAUGGCAUCCCAAGGCAGCCGCGCAAGGCGUUGCGUAUCGUCCGUCAAUCGCCUGGGUCCACUCCGUCGCCGGAAAUCACCCCGCGCGCAAUCCACAGCCACUUGCCCGACGUGGCCGACGCCGACGUCCAACAGGAGGCAGCAGAGAUGGACAGCAGCUUCUCAGACGAGGAGGGCAGCACGUACUUUGAUGCUCUGGAGGACCCAGACUAUGAGACCAGCACCAACUCACCUCAAUCGUCCACCGUCCUCCUUACGCCGACGACGUCGAACGAGUCGCAGCAGCGCCAAUUUCACAUCCCUGCUCAGCCUCGCGCGCACAAGUCGAAUGCAGGGUCGUGGGGCCAGGACACGCCCCUGCUCUUUUUUUGA